CGAACAUUCGAACAAGAAACAAAGGACGUCGACAGUCUAGUCUGUCGUUUUGUCGAUUUUGAUUGGAUCAAGGCAAUUAGAGUCCUGUCUUCCUGAUCCAUUCCAGAUGCCAAUACUUGUGCUCUUUAUAAUUCACAGAACAUUCGACGGUUGCUUGAGGCCAUGGCUAGUUUCAGGUCAUCUGUUUGGGACCCUCUCCUCAUCAUCAGCCAGAUAGUCUUCAUGCAGAGUCAGUUCUACGUGCUGUUCUGUCUUUACCUGCUGAUAUUCACCGGUAUGGCUCACAUUCAGCCAACUCUAACCCACGUUCUCUCAUCUAAGAUGCUGGUGACCUGGCACCAGGGCUGGCCGAUCAUUCUCUCCUACUCCCUGAGUGCCCUAUCCGGUGCCAUUAGCCUGCGCUAUGCCGUGCGCCGCUCCAAGAACUGUAUGGACUUCACAGUCACCAUGUUCUUCAUGCACGCCCUGUUGAGCUGUGUGACGCGAGGCUUUCCGUUUGCGUGGCAAUGGUGGGUGGUGACGUCAGUAUCGGCUACGGUCAUGGUUGUGCUCGGCGAGUGGCUUUGCAUGCGUAUGGAAAUGGCCGACAUUCCCGUUGUCGGCGGUUCGUUGGUGUCUGGUGCACCCAGCUCUAAACGUCCAGGGCUCUGAGUUCGUUGGUGUCCGGUGCAUCCACCUCUAAACAUCUAGUGCUCUGAGUUCGUUGGUGUCCAGUGCAUCCACCUCUAAACGUCCAGGGCUCUGAGUUCAGCUGAUACGCACACCAUCAACACAGUCAUAGUCUGACGGUACAGCAUGUGAUGUAUAUGAGGUCCAUGCAGUCACUCCAGUCUGGAUCGUCAGGGCCUAAGUCUAAUGCUGGGCAGAUAUCCAUGGCCUGUUGCUGUUGCUUGUGGUGCUCGUACCACGCGGAGACCGGUAUACACUACUGCUGUACUGGAUGGCCCUCUAAUACAGCGGCCAUAGGUCUUUCGUACAAGCCUCUCGUACAACCAUAGGCCUUUCGCACAGCCAUAGGCCUCUCGUAUAACCAUAGGCCUCUCGUAUAACCAUAGGCCUCUCUAGGCCUCUCGUGCAGCCAUAGGCCUCGCGUAUAACCAUAGGCCUCUCAUACAGCCAUAGGCCUUUCGCACAGCCAUAGGCCUCUCGUAUAAACAUAGGCCUCUCUAGGCUUCUCGUACAACCAUAGGCCUUUCGCACAGCCAUAGGCCUCUCAUACAACCAUAGGCCUCUCGUACAACCAUAGGCCUCGUGCCCUGCCUGUGUCUGGUGUACAAGCGGUGCACGCGUUUUACCGAGUGUUCCUGCUGCUCUCCGCCGGGUGCUCCUGCUGGUGCGGCAGCAAUCACAUUGCUGCAUGUUCCUUAGUGCGUUUGACCACGGGCCUCUGGCUAGCCUUUUCCAGCCAACUUACACCUUGGCAUUAUCCAUCUUCUGAUGCGUAUGCCCGGCCAGGUAUCUAUUUUUAUCUGUUUCAGUCUAUUUUAUUCUGGUUGGAAUGCUAGGGACAGUCGGUGUGGAGACAGGAUAUUCUAGUAUGGCGUUACAUACCGCUUUAUCUCUAUAGUACAAUGCUAUACGUUAGCAUAGAAUGAUAUUAGUUUUUUGAUAAGUCUGCUGGUCAGACUUGCGACUUAGACCUGCUGAUUUUGAUAACCGGCACAACACAAUUUACAUCAACAUCCCGAGCCCCUUUUUGUUGCAACAGCUGUCUGACUGAAUGGUCAGCUUUACUGACCCGCGAUGCCGUGUCUCAACCAUCGCAUACCUGUUUUUUAAAUAAUAAUUAUUAUAAAACA